AUGGGCUCACCGCCAUCGUUGACCGAUGAGGAGGAUAAGGACGACAUUUCGAUGUCAUUUCCAGAUGAAGAGAAGGAUGAUUUGUGGAAGGAGAGAAACCCCUUUCUGCGUCCCGCGGACCAUGGCUCCCAUGCCUGGUUAUUCCUGGCCGCUUCGUUCAUGAUAGAAGGGUUGGCGCUGGGUAAGAACCCGAGCAAGUUUUGUGUUUGCCACAAAGACGUCGCUGAUCAAACCAUGAAGGGUUCCCCGGUGCCUAUGGAGUUUUCCAAGAGUACUACAGUACACACGAGCCUUUCAAGGACACCGCAGGUCUUCCCGCGGUGGCCACCUGUGCCAUGGCAAGUGAAAUAUCUUCCCAACGGGGGUUGCGUAUCGUUCGACGUGCUGACAGUGGUCCAGGGCAUCAUGUACCUGGGGAUGCCUAUCACGAUGGGAGUCCAGCGACUAUACCCUCGGUUGAGUAUUUGGUCACCCUUGGCAGGGGUGCUCAUCAUGUGCACCUCGCUGGUUGCUGCCUCGUUCUCGACCAGUGUUCCUCAUCUAGUCUUGACCCAGGGCCUGUUAUUCGCCAUCGGCAGCUCCCUAUCGUAUUGUCCUUGCAUCGCGUACCUGAACGAGUGGUUUGACAAGCGCAAGGGCAUGGCCUACGGCAUCAUGUGGGCUGGCACCGGACUCUCGGGCUCGAUACUCCCGUUCCUGCUGGAAUACCUGCUGGGAAGGUUUGGCUUCGAGACGACGCUUCGUUUCUGCGCAGUUGGUCUUCUGCCCCUCACCCUGCCUCUGGUGUACUUCAUCAAGCCCCGGAUCCCGCCUCAGCUUGUGAAGAAGCACCUCAAUCCCUUCAACUUCCGAUUUGCCUUCAGCCAAACGUUCGUGCUACAUAUGCUGGCAAAUAUCGUUCAGGCGUUGGGAUUCUUUCUCCCCAGCAUAUACCUACCAACGUAUGCUCGGGGCGUGCUUGGCUCUGGAGAGUUUCCCGCUGCAGCCACCGUCCUACUGCUCAACCUCGCGUCGACGGUCGGAUGUCCAGGCAUGGGAUGGCUGUCUGAUAACCUGCACGUCGCAAAUUGCCUGUUUAUCGCGACAGCCGGGGCUUCCCUGGCCACCUUUCUCAUAUGGGGCUUCACAACGUCCAUUGCGCUGCUGCUGACGUACUGCGGCUUCUACGGCCUCUUCGCAGGGUCCUACACAUCUGCCUGGACAGGGCUAAUGCGCCAAGUCACGACAGAAAAGAGCACCACCUCCAAAGAGACCGAUCCCGUCAUGGUCAUGGCGGUACUUGCGGCCGGCAGAGGCAUCGGAAGCGUCCUGUCAGGGCCUCUAAGUCAGGCUCUUGUUGACCACACGCUGUGGAAAGGAGAGGCGUAUGCGGCCUACGGCACCGGCUACGGACCCUUGAUCGUCUUCACUGGAGUCACGGCAGCUGCGGCUGGAGUGGUGCUUCCAUGGAGGUACAUGGGAUGGAUUCGGUGA